UUGUGACACGUACACCCUAGACACUAAUUUUUCUUUUCAAAAAUAUAAAUAAUGUAAACAUUGACAUAACCUAUAAUGUUAACAAUAUAAAAGUGUUUUAUAAUUACAAUUAUAAAAAAAAUUACAAUAAUUCGGGACAAAAUCUUAGAUGAGUUUUACUACAACUAUACUGCCAACAUUAAAAAGGAUGACGGAAGUAGAUAUUAAACAAGGUUUGAAGAUCGUAUUAAACAAAAUAGAAGUUGCAUGUAGUGAAAGAAAUCCGGAGUUACAAGCAAUCCAACCUACUUUAGUAGCAGUAAGCAAAACCAAACCAGUAAACCUAAUAGUUGCAGCCUAUGAGGAAGGCCAAAGGCACUUUGGAGAAAACUAUGUACAAGAACUAGAAGAAAAAGCGAAUAAUCCAAUUAUUUUGGAAAAAUGUAAAGAUAUAAGAUGGCAUUUCAUUGGACACCUUCAAUCGAACAAAGUUAACAAAAUUUUGUGUCUUCCAAAUAUUUAUAUCAUUGAAACAGUUGAUUCUCAAAAAUUGGCAGCCACGCUUGACAAAAAUUGGGCAAAAUUUAAAAUAUCGGAUUCAAAAUUAAGGAUUAUGAUACAAGUUAAUACUAGUGGAGAGGAGGAAAAGAAUGGAGUACCUCCUGCGGAAGUAACGAACGUCGUCAAGUUUGUCUUAAAUGAUUGCAGUAACCUUGAACUUGAUGGUUUAAUGACAAUAGGUAAAUUCGGAUACGAUGCAGCUGAUGGGCCCAAUCCAGAUUUCGUUUGUUUGAAGAAAUGUCGAGAUGAGUUAUGCCAGGAAUUGGGAAUUGAUUGGAAAGAUGUAGGAUUAUCUAUGGGAAUGUCUGAUGAUUUUGAGCAUGCGAUUGACUUGGGUAGUACAAACGUAAGAGUGGGAUCAUCAAUAUUUGGUUUUCGAGCCAAAAAAACGGAAAUCGUUUAAGAUUAAAAUGUUAUAAAAUAGCUAAUCUAGUUAUUUUAUUUAUAAAUUGUUUAUGUUUUGUUAAAAAAAAUUAAACGAUUUUAAAGUUAAAUUGAUAGUUAGGAUUUAAUUUUAAAUAAAAUACAAUAA